AUGGUCACAGGACAUUCAUUCCGGCUACCGUCUCUGGGGGAACAGCGUGGCUCUGGGGCCCCGGCUGGCACAGCGGAUGAGCGGCGGGCGCUAGCGCUGGGCUCUCGCUGGCUGGCCCUUCUGCCCCUUGCCAGGGCCAGCCCCCUCCACUGGGAAGGGGCAGCCCAGUCAGCAUUGCCCGGAGCCCAGGGAGGCACGGCCCACACGCCCCGAGCCGCCAGUAGGGAAAACAGGCCGGCCGCACGCCAGCCCUGGCCGAGUCAGAUAAGCUGGGGCUCGGAGCGCCUGCGGCCGCUGAGCCCACACAUCCUCAGAGCAUCGGUCACGGAGCACGGUCACGCCAGCGCGCUCCCAGCAACACCGCCGCUAGGCGGCGUGCGCGAGCAGCCCCCGGGCUCCCUGGGCGGCCCAGCUGGACCGCACUCUAACGGGCCGCUCGCCCCGGCCGGCACCUCCUGCCCGGCGGCGUCUGGACACAGAUGCCGGCCCCAUAAGACGGCCCGGGGCGGCGGCGGGAAUACCCAUGAGAUGGCUCGGAGACGGGCUGCGUCUUCCUACCCAGCUGCACGCGUACACGCGUGUGUGGACACGCCCGUGGGCAAACGCACCCCCACACCCACACACGUGCACCCGCGUACGCACCAGCCUACGCACCAGCCUAUCUCCCUGGGCGCUGCCUGGGACACCGGGUGCCCUCCCCCCGGAAGCUCAGCUGCCCCGGUCAGCAGAGUGGACCCGCCCGGGGCCCACUGA